GGGGGCGGGGAGGGGCGCGGGGCUGCGCGCUCGCCGGCGCUCUCUUUCGGUUUGGUACGCCGCGGGAGGAGAGUGGACCCCCCAACUUUGAGGCUUUUUCCUCCGCGCAUCCCCGCCGCCUCCCGGUCCCGGCGCGGGGCUCGGGGAUGCCCGCCAGCAUGUUCAGUAUCGACAACAUCCUGGCCGCCCGGCCACGCUGCAAAGACUCGGUGCUGCCGGUGGCGCCCAGCGCUGCGGCUCCGGUCGUCUUCCCGGCCCUGCACGGGGACUCGCUCUACGGCGCCGGCAGCGGCGCCUCCUCGGACUAUGGCGCCUUCUACCCGCGCCCCGUGGCCCCCGGCGGCGCAGGCCUCCCGGCAGCGGUCGGCGGCUCCCGCCUCGGCUACAACAACUACUUCUACGGGCAGCUGCACGUGCAGGCGGCACCCGUGGGCCCGGCCUGCUGCGGGGCUGUGCCGCCACUGGGCGCCCAGCAGUGCUCCUGCGUCCCGACGCCCCCAGGCUACGAGGGCCCCGGCUCGGUGCUAGUGUCCCCAGUACCGCACCAGAUGCUCCCCUACAUGAACGUGGGCACCCUGUCCCGCACCGAGCUGCAGCUCCUCAACCAGCUGCACUGCCGGCGGAAGCGGCGGCACCGCACCAUCUUCACCGACGAGCAGCUCGAAGCUCUGGAGAACCUCUUCCAGGAAACCAAGUACCCAGACGUGGGUACCCGCGAGCAGCUGGCCCGGAAGGUGCACCUCCGCGAGGAGAAAGUGGAGGUCUGGUUUAAAAACCGCCGCGCCAAAUGGAGGCGGCAGAAGCGGUCCUCGUCGGAGGAGUCGGAAAACGCGGAGAAGUGGAACAAGCCGUCGUCGAAGGCGUCGCCGGAGAAGAGGGAAGAGGAAGGUAAAAGCGAUUUGGACUCGGACAGCUGACGGCCGCGGGCCGGCCGUGGCCCUUGCCUAAUUCGAAGGACUUGCACACCCAGACGAUGCUACUUUCUUGCACACGCGCUGCCUUGCGGGAGGGGGUUCGAGAAAGAGGAACGAGGAGCUGUAAAUAGUGUACAGUCCGGAGGGUGGGCGCCUGGGGUCGGGCCACGCCGGGGCUUGCAGCCCGAAGUUCGAGGCUGAAGGUGACUCCCUCCCCACCGUAGUAUUUAUAGUAAAUUAACGGUGAGACGAUACAAUAAAGUGACGGCGAUGUAGACAGGCCAACAUUCUGUAUUUCGCACCCCACCGUCAGCACCAUCUGCGGUCCAGAAAAGAAGUCUAUUUAGUUUGUAGCUUCGAAAGAAAAACUGGGCAGCUAUGACCUGUCCAAAAAAAAAAAAAAGAGAGAGAGAGCGAGAGAGAGAGAAACAAAGUCUGGGUGUGAAUGUUUGCAGGACCGGUGUCCUGGUUCAAACUGGAUCCUUAGGUUUCUGAGAGGGGUAGCGCUGCCCCUGAGAGGAAGCAGCCUGGGAUUGCUGUUCCCCUCGCCCGUCGGAGAGUCGGGACCUUUUACCUUCUUGUUGCUGGCGGGGUAGCCGGGAAGCAGGAUCCGCCCAGAGUGGGGAGAUCCUGGGAGCAUCUCCAGAGCCCGCUUAGACCGCUCACUGGGCCCUGUUCCUGCGAAAUCCCCAGACCUUAGGCAGACGGUCUGCGCGGAAUUAGGCAGGCAUGCCCUCUCUAGAAGCUUUCCUGGGUCUUUCGGGGUCCUUCUCUCUGCUCUCCUCCAUGGCAAGCGUUUCUGCCCCGACAACCGCUGCGGAACAAGAGCUCGGAACUGUGAGCCCCAGGGCCCCGUGGGGACUUUCUUGGGGCCGGGCCCAUAGUGGGACACUGGAAUGAUCUGGCCCACGCCUUUGAACCCUGCGUUCUGUCUGGCUCGUGGCAGUCACUUCGAGGUGGGAGUGCUGAUGCCUCUGGCUUUCUCUGAGGACUGUCUCUGCUCUGCACUGAUGGGGCCAGAGGAGGAAAACCUGGGAGUAAGCUGGGGCACUGAUCAGCAGUUUGUGAAGGCCUAGAGAAGCUUCCUGGUACCACAUAAGGGCUGGGGACAGAGACCAAGAUGAGAGCAUGCAUUCUGUAUGAUUUUCGAGACCAUGGUGGCAGGCGAUGGAGUAGAGGCCAAGGGCUAACAAGAAUAGCUUUUAAUGCAUUAAACUGUAUUGGUUUUGCAUUAAAAUCCAUUAUAGACAAGGACCCUAAGAUGCAGAGAGCUUCCGGAUGUCUCUGCGGCCGGGAGUAGGUGAACUCUUUCCUUCUCCUGGGCUGUCCUGGGCGUUUGGUGUAAGGUCCCUCCCGGGGAACGCGGGGCAUCCUGGCUGUGGAACACAGCACAUGCAAAUUAACAGCUUUUCACAAGAAGUGGAAUUUUUUCCACAGCAUUUUUCAGGCUUAAAAGGUAAAAGUGACUCCUGGAGCAGGUGAAAUGGCACUUAAGGAAAUAAGGGGUUUCUCCCAAUCCCCGUCUUUUUAGUAAGGAGUACCCCUAGAGGAAACAAGGAGGCAGCAGUUUUGAGAUCAGGUCUGCCUCACGGGGCAAGACUGCCUCAGUUCGUCUCCAGACUUCCUCAUCUGUGACCUUGGGCAGGUUCCUGAACCCCUCUGUGCCUCACUUUCUAUGGCUGUAAAAUGGGCACAGUCAUAACAUCUGCCUCCCCGGGGGAUUGUGGACAUGAAAGGCACUGUUUCGUGUAGAAUUAUACGUGGCACAGGGGAGGCCUUCAUGGCUACAGGGUUUUUUUAAAAGUGGGAUUAUGAAUUACAUUGUGUCAGACCCAGCACUUUCAGACACAUGUAUAGUAUCUUAUUUUACCUUUCAAGUCCUCUGAGUUGGGGAAAGUUUUCAUGAGGAAAUUAAGGUUCAGAAGGUUAAAUACUAACACCAUGCCGCUCUUAAGAAAUACAGAGGGGACAACAUCUUCUCCCAAGUAAAUCAUAUACCAUAAUUGGGAAUGUUUCUACUAGUACCAGUUCUGGUAAGAAAUACUCAGAGGCCGUUACAUUAAUUGCAAAUGAAUCUUGCAGUGGCCAUUAUUAUAGCUUCUCCUUAGGUAUCAGAGUCCCCAGGGGAGAGCCUUUCCGGCUCGGUACCUCUUCUCCAUCACUAUUCCUACAUGCUGUUCUCUGUCCCCUCGCCGCCGGAGGACGGUUGAGCCUUGACUUCUAGCCCUCCUCCACUACUCCCUAGUCUGGAACAUUCUGCCAUAGGACAGAAGUGGGCAGUUUCAUUUCACCCUGAGAAAUCUGAUGUCUCCAGAGCGCUAUAAACUCCUCUGUGUCUUUGUCCAGGACUUGCCCUCAGAUUCCUUAUAAAUGGGAUAUUUUGUUUUUAAAAAAUGUACGUUUAUCUAGUUUGGAGAGGUGUCCACAAGUGACAGGGAGGGGAGGGGAAACUGAGGAGGGGGUAGAUUCUCAGACACCCCCUCCCCCCCAGGAACUCCUGGUGAAAAGCCCAGGACGGGGCGGGGGGGGGGGGAGGCUGUGCCAGGAGGGGGCAGGGCGGGGAGCCUGAGGGCUGCGCCCAGCUUGGCCUGAGCCUGGCCAGGGCGGCAAGAAGCAGCUUCUCCCUGCCCGAGUCUUCAUGCAGAAGGACCCUAAGAAGCGCUUCAGCAUGUCGGGAGUCAAAAGUGAAACGUCCAAAUGGUCUGCUAAUUACAGUCCAUUCACCUCCUUUCUGAAUCCCCCAGUCAGCUGUGGGGCUCAAACCUUUUUCUUAGCCUGGCUGUUGGGAUCAGGGAGGGCCACAUGGUAUCAGAACAGAAAGCACUUGGCCUUCAAAAGCCAUCGAUUGUGGCCAGUGGGGAUUUGGAUCACAAGGGUUGGGGAGUGGUGUGUAUGUGUUCACACAGGCAAGACAUAAGCCAGGCAACAGCCUAAGUAUUUUCCAGUCUGUGUAACAUGGCCCCUUUCCCCAGUUGAAGAUGUUCUCCCAUUUCACAGCCCAGUAAACCGAGGCACAAAGUUAACACAAAGGGCCAGAUGAGAACUGCCAAUUGCAAGGAAUAGGGCUCUUUUGAUUGCGAUAAAUCCAGCUGCCUCAGAGAACACAGGCUGUUCCUUUUGGUGGUAAUUGAAGCUACGUAUAAAAGUUCAGAAGGGUCGACUGCAGCUGCCCCUGGGGGACGCAGGAAUUCAUCUGCCAUCAAGUGCCAGACAGGCUCUCGCAAAGAACAAUGACGCCCCUUAGAACCCCUAAAAUCAGUCUAGCACUGUCCACUGUAAAGCCCUUCUGCAUACAUCUCAGGCCCUCCGGAGGGAGGAGUCGGCCCAUUCUGCAGAUGGGAAAUGGAGGCUCAGAGAGACUAGGUGUCUUGCCCAGGACACUAAGUAAAGGGCAGAGCAGGCCCUGGGCUCCCAGACCUGAGCAGACCUCUGCCUUGGCCCUCUUGGGACUGGAGAUGACUUCCUGGUGCCUCAGGUCACCUGAGCCAAGUCGGGCCCUGCUGCAAAGAGCUGACAAGUCAGGGAAGUGAAGUGUGUGGGGGGAAGAUUCAAGGAUUCCAAAAGGCUGCCAUUCCUCCAGGGAGGGUGCAUUCAUCUUGGCCUCGGGCUGUGGGUGCGGGGGAGGCUUUAAACAAUUGCUCUACAAACCACCCCUGUGGAGAGUCUAUCUCAAUGACAGUUCUUUAAUCAAACUUGCCUUUUACUGACUUUGGAAGUUUGAGCUAACAUUUUGAGCCUUGUGUAAAGGAUGUCAUUUUAAUGGGUGUGUGUGAGAUCCAAGUUGGCAGGUUCCUUUCUUUGCACGUGGGAGAAAAUGGGGGCUGGGAGGUAGGGGUGACAGGGAGCUCUUUUUCUGAAUUGAAUGAUUUGAGUAAAAUAGUUCAGGCCCCCAGCUCCCACCCGAAGAUCCCUAGGUCCAUAGCUCAGGUCUCCCCCCAAUUCACUCUCCUUUGUUCCACAUCUAAUUGGUCACUUCUUUAAGUGAAAUGAAGGGGUGUAGAUGAUAACUUUCACCUAUAAGAAGACAGAAUUCCAGCCUGGGGAGGGCCGGGCCACGAGAGGUGGCGAGUGGACAGCUGGGCAGCUGGCCCUUGAGUCACUCUGGUCCCAGCCUCCAUCCAUAUGGGGCUGUGUGCUCACCGAGUGAAUCUGGGAGAGGUUCCCUCCUCACCUGCAAAAUGGGCUUGAGUAGAGGAUUAGAGAUAAUAUAAGAACCCAGCAGAGUGUCUGACACAUUUAUUAUAGUGUGUUUUGAAAAACCACCCUCAAAUCAGCUGGCUAGUACUCUGCCUAAGUAGAUUGGAGUUAGGAAUUCAGGAAUGCACCUUGUUUUUAAUUGUUGCUGCUGUAGCAGUUUAUGCAUGACCGCAGGACACAGACUCUAACAAAAUUAAACGUGAUUGCCAUGGACUUAAGACAAGGAAGCAUCUGAUAAGGUAUAAUGGGUCACAUUCUCCCUAAGAGCUUUAGGACCAGGCGAUUUAGAGUGAAGAAAGGGAGAAUGUGGAGCAGAUUUGGAUUCGAUGUCCAGGUUUUAUGAAAUGACCUUGAAGUUUCUCGAAAGUAAAACGAAAACCAAGCGCAGCAGCCAGUGCGCAGCUCCUUGAAAGUUCUGGGAGAAACGGAUGCGGCUGGAUCUUUCGCUUGUGGGGGUUUCUCACUUGCUGGGAGGGGGACAUGGGGUAUCCCCCAGGCCUGUCUCUAGAGCCAUGUGACAGCUUGGUCUUAAAAUCUGAAAAAAAAAAAGAGCCAUUGUCUUUGCAGUCCAGUUGACCCACAGAACAAACAGGGUGAAUUACGACAUGUUGUGGUAUUUUCAAGUGGGUCUAUAAUUUUUGGAUGCCAGCAGCUCUUACUCUCGAGUGACCAUCCCUGGGAAGCAGCUUAAGAGAGAUCUUAAGAAUUCCUCUUCCAACCCCUCCUCCUCUCCUGUUCCACUUACACCUGUUUUCCUAAUUCUGAGGUCCUCCAGAGUCUGCUGACCAAAUCAAGCGACCGAGUUUAGUCAGGGGAACCUCUUCCUAGCUGGGUGUUGGCACGCCCUCCCUUAACCUGAGCGGGUUUUAUAGAAGCUAUAAUUAGUGAGAUAAUUUUAGCCGAGAUGGACAGAGUGGAAAAACGUCCGGAUCAUUUCCUCACGGGUUUCCUGGUUGUAUAAUGCUGAGCCCAAGGGAUGCUUCCACCUUCCUGCGUUAUCAGGGAGACUGACCCCGGGCGCUCCAGGUGCAGUGUCCCAUGCUGGCCGCACACAGCACGGUGGCAGUGGUCCCACAUGGCUGCAGGGCUGCACGGAGGAUGGAUGGGCUCUCAAAGGCAUCCGUCACUGAGAGGGGGAGCUUUUGGGCUUGGGAGGGCCUGCUCCAGCCAGCUGGGGGCUCACUGCGGAGACAGCCUGGGGGCUGGUGUGGUCUGAAUCACACCAGCCAGUGUUUGACCAGCCAGCCUCACGGUGACCAUGCCUGUUUUAAUCACGUCCCAAAGAAAUUACUGACAUCACCCGGCAAGGCUAAGCGACUCCUUCUUUCCAGAUGGAGUCUGGCUAAUGCUCCUUUGAAAAAUCCUCAAAGUGCUAACUCUGGGAUCAGAAAAAUAAAACUGCCCUUCUCCAAGAAACAGGGAGGCCCAGAGCAUUUGGAAAGAUUCCCCCCUCUGCGAAGAAGACUCAGAACUCUGUGAAGUCGGAAUCCCAGCUGCUUGUUUCAUCUGAAGAUGUUCCGACCGAAGGCCAGAUGGCGGGGACAUUAAGGGAUGUGCAUGUUCAAUAUUGUUUUGUAUUUGAGGAAUAAAUAUUUAAAUCUGAAACCAAGUGAAUCCCUUUCUACUGAAGUGGGCAGGGAUGGAAAGUUUUGUGUGUGUGUGUGUGUGUGGGGAUGUCCCCCUGCCAUCCUACCUGUAACUCCGCAUGCGUGAUUCCUGCUAUGAUCAGAACCUUCAGAGAGGUGGUCGCCCGUCUGCUGGUGCAGGGCACCAGAAGCCACGUGCCGCUUCCUCCAUUUCAGGGUUACUGUUUUUGUUCCAUGCCUGCAAGAAGACUCCCAACAUGCAUGGUUGAAACGGAGACCCCAUCCCUUUGUCCUUAGCUUGAUGAACCCCCGGUGGUUUUGUUUCUGUUUCAGCCUGUAUGGUAACUGGACUCUGAUACAAAUGGGAGCAGAUGAAAACUUAACCCUUCUCUAUCCUGCAAUUAAAGCUCUGAAAAGAU